AUGUGUCUGUUCUAUCACUUGGUUGAUGUGUUGUGCUUCAAUGCAUACAUCCUUUUCACCUCUGUUGACCCCAGCUGGAACAGUGGCAAGAACUUCAAGCGCCGCCUCUUCCUUCAGCAGCUUGGCAGAGCUCUCAUAGCCCCAGCCACUGCAAACAGGAGCCAUUUUCCCAGAGGACCAUUUGCAGCCAGCCUGGUUCUCCAAGCCCAGGGCCAGGUCCAUCAAGAGGAAGGCCAUGAAAAACAGGGAGAAGAGGAGGAAAAGGAGGAGAAGCCACAGCCAGGACUCUCCAGAAAGCGGAAGGCAUGUUUAUUGUGCCCAAAUCCUAAAAGAGUGAGGAGCCAGUGCAUCAAAUGCAGAGGAUAUGCAUGCAGGAAGAACCUUGCACUUGUCUGUCUCCAGUAG